AUGCAUCACUAUAAGUAUGGUGUUGCGUACCUGUCAGGUCAAUUCAGCGAGAUCUCCAAUGCAGCAUGGCAGGGCAUGGUCCUCCAACAGCUACUCAAAUGGUCGCGCGUGGCACAACGAAGCCCUGACCCAACGGACGUCUGGCGUCCUGAGCUCGAGGCGGUCGGCAACAACACUCCUCACGCCAUCAUCAGCCAUACCACGCUAGAAUGGCCCAAGAACAAACCCUGGCGUCCUGCUCAUUGCCAGAUCGUUGGACUACAUCCGCGCUUGAAGCUGUGCCAUGGUGACCCGCGCUUUUGCAUGAACUUCGAAGUCGACAUGGAAUGGUUGAUGAAGUGUUUUGACGCUCUGAAGGACCGUUUUUGGCGCCGCAUGUACCUCACAAACCCACAGAUCUACCACGUGAGCGCUACGUGCGGAGGUUCCGUGCUUGGGAGGUCGACAUUGUCAGCAGAAUUUGAUGUUAUCAACAGCAAUGGUGUGACGUUCGGGGAUGUUGCUGACAAGCUGGAAGGAGCGAAGUUGGAGUGGAAUGGGGCAGGGUUUGACCCUUUGGCUGGGACGGAGGAUGCCAACCCCCUGGAGGUAUCGGAUAGCGGCUUACUAACUCUGAGUGCGGCGUUCGUAUUACCGACGUCGUCGAAGUGGGUGGUUGAGGCAAAAGCGGCUGAUGCUAAACAGAAAGCAGCAGCCCGAAGAAAGGUCGUUCGAUUGAAGGUUCCAGUAGCCGCAUUGCUGAAGUAUCAGGAGAACGGGCUCAGCCAGAUUACUGCCGGUUCUGAGACAGAGACAGGCGCCAAUGAUUCGAAUCCCCUGCUUGGUCUCGUCCUCAGAUACCCGCGAACAGCUGAUGUGCAGCCUGCAACACCUAAUGUGUCGGCAGCUUCGAGAGUCCUCAACACCUACGAGCUGCCAGAGAUGAUCCUUACGCGGGUGACAAGCUUCCGCUCGCUCAUUCGUGUCCGACGAAUCUCUUCCUUCUGGAACCAUCUCAUCUUUCCAUCUACGCCCCUCCGGCAGAUGCUGGGUCUCAGCCCGACUCCGAUCCGGCGAGCUAUUCAGCUGCACAAGAACAUAGCCCUUGACCCAAAGGACCCCGAGUUCUGGCAGGUGGAGUACAAGAAGGAACACGAUGGUACUCGUCCGGCCUGGCAAGGCUAUGCUGGCGAGCCUUCCCUCUGGACCGGACCGCAAAGACCGAAUCUACCGCAACUCGCCAUCGUCACGCCUCAUCCUUGGUUAACGCAUAUUCUCGAGCACCACAAGUGGUUCAUUGUUCUGAAGUUCAACGCAUGGUGGCUGUAUCGCCACUUCACUUGGCGAGAGGGCAACUUCUUUCGCGAGAUGCAGAUUGCACAACCACCGGUGUACAAAGCCGAGCUCGCCCCCUGGUCGCCGUACGGCAGGGACGGUCAGCUGAAUCCUUACACGACGGUGAGGAGCAGCAGAGGAAUCACCUUCGGCAACCUGGCGGACGCACUCGAAGGACCGGGAGUGGAGUGGAAUAGAGUGAGCGCUGCACGUCCGGACUAUGGGGCUGAUGGGGACAUUGUGAAGGUUGGUGAAGACGCGAUGAUGUUGCUCUGGAUCGGAUAUGCGGUGUCUGCUCGUGCCACAUGGGUUGUUGAGGCCAAAGCGGCGGCAGGGUCGGCGGGAAUGGAAGCGGCAUGUGCAGCGGCGGCGUGGAGAGGUCCAGCAGAUCUCCUGGAUAGUAUCGAUCAGUUCACAGUGAGCUGA